AGCAGUGUUGUAAUCUAUGGCGCUAUCAGCUCCUCCCAGUCAGGAACAGCCGUCGGGGAAGAAAUUCGGCUAUCAUCUCGCUGCUGCUGUGAGGAGCAUCAACUGGACUUAUGGCAUAUUUUGGUCCAUUUCCGCCAGCCCGCGCCCAGGCCACUCCUCAGUUCUGACGUGGAAGGAUGGGUUCUACAACGGCGAGAUCAAGACAAGAAAGAUUACCGGCUCGACCACUCCGGAGUUUACCCCGGACGAGCGCGUCAUGCACAGAAGCAAGCAACUGAGACAGCUCUACGAAUCGCUCUUGCCCGGCAACUCCGACCAACGGGCAAGGCGAUGCGCCGCAUCACUGUCACCGGAGGAUCUCGGGGACGGCGAGUGGUAUUACACCAUAAGCAUGACUUACAAGUUCCACCUUAAUCAAGGGUUGCCAGGCAAAAGCUUUGCGAGCAAUCAAUAUGUUUGGUUGUGCAACGCUCAGAACGCAAGCACAAGAACUUUUCCGCGCGCACUCUUAGCAAAGACUGCCUCUAUUCAGACAAUCGUCUGCAUCCCCUUCAUGGGCGGCGUUCUUGAGCUCGGAACGUUGGACCAGGUUUUGGAGGACUCCAGCAUGGUGAAGCGGAUCAGCACGUCUUUCUGGGAGCUGCACUUGCCGGCAUCCUUGGAGUCGAAGGAUCGGAGCUCCAGCACACAAGCAAAAGAAACCAGGGAGGCCACCGACAUCAUCUUGUUCGAGGACUUCGACCACAGCGACACAGUUGACGGGAUGAUCUCUGAGCAAAGGGAGGUCCAGUGCCCGUCCAACGUCAAUCUCGAACGCCUCACAACGCAGAUGGACGAGUUCCACAGCCUUCUUGGGGGACUGGACGUGCACCCUGUCGAAGAAAGAUGGAUCAUUGACGAGCCCUGUGAGUUUAUGUCUUCCCCGGAAGUGGCGCCGGCUAUGAAUAUGCCGAGCACCACCGAUGUCGUCGUCACUUCAAGUAGGUCCGAAGGCUCUCGUCCAUCCUGCUUCACAGCGUGGAAGGGAUCAUGCGAGUCGAAACACGUGGUUGGCCAGGUCGUUGGGGAGUCACAGAAGUUGCUGAAUAAAGUUGUGACUGGUGGUGCAUGGGCGAGCAAUUAUGGCGGUGGAACCAUGGAGGACAAAGCAUCCAUCCUCACAGAAACGAUAGGCUAUCUCAGAGAACUGAAGCAAAGGGUAGAUCAGCCAGAAUCUAGCCGGUCACCGUCUGACCCAAAAGAACUCACAGGACGGAGCCGAAGCCAUGUCGUCGGCGCUAGGAAGAAGAUAGUCUCAGCCGGAUCCAAGAGGAAGUCGCCAGGGUUGGAGAGCCCGAGCAAUGUCGUGAACGUGACGGUGCUGGACAAGGUGGUGCUGUUGGAGGUAAAGUGCCCGUGGAAGGAGCUGCUGAUGACACAAGUAUUUGACGCUAUCAAGAGCCUCUAUCUGGAUGUUGUCUCCGUGCACGCAUCCACAUCGGGUGGCCGUCUUGACCUCAAGAUACGGGCUAAUCAGCAGCUUGCGGCUGGUGCUGCUAUCGUGGCACCUGGGGUAAUCACUGAAGCGCUUCAGAGAGCUCUAUAGACAAGCUCUUAAUAUUGAAGGCACCUUCAAGCGAGUGGGGCGUUUUGGAGGACGAG